CCAGAAGCAAAAUUUGGAUGAAGCGAUCCAACUGAGUUGCCGUCAUGAGCAGAAGCAAGCGUGACAACAAUUUCUACAGUGUUGAAAUUGGAGACUCUACUUUCACUGUAUUGAAACGGUAUCAAAACUUAAAACCAAUAGGAUCAGGAGCACAAGGGAUAGUGUGUGCAGCUUAUGAUGCCAUCCUUGAACGAAAUGUUGCAAUCAAGAAGUUAAGCCGACCAUUUCAGAACCAAACCCAUGCUAAAAGAGCCUACAGAGAGCUUGUUCUUAUGAAGUGUGUUAAUCACAAAAAUAUAAUCGGCCUGCUGAAUGUGUUCACACCACAAAAAUCCCUGGAAGAAUUUCAAGACGUCUACAUAGUGAUGGAGCUCAUGGAUGCAAAUCUCUGCCAAGUGAUUCAGAUGGAGCUAGACCAUGAACGAAUGUCUUAUCUUCUUUAUCAAAUGCUGUGUGGUAUCAAACAUCUUCAUUCAGCUGGAAUUAUACAUAGGGAUUUAAAGCCCAGUAAUAUAGUAGUAAAGUCAGACUGCACUUUGAAGAUUCUUGACUUUGGACUGGCCAGAACUGCAGGAACUAGUUUUAUGAUGACGCCUUAUGUAGUGACUCGUUACUACAGAGCACCAGAGGUCAUCCUAGGGAUGGGAUACAAAGAAAACGUUGACAUUUGGUCAGUUGGGUGCAUCAUGGGAGAAAUGAUCAAAGGUGGUGUUUUAUUUCCUGGUACGGAUCAUAUUGAUCAAUGGAAUAAAGUUAUAGAGCAGCUAGGAACACCAUGCCCCGAAUUUAUGAAGAAAUUACAGCCUACAGUCCGGACUUAUGUGGAGAACAGACCUAAAUAUGCUGGAUAUAGUUUUGAAAAACUCUUUCCAGAUGUCCUUUUCCCAGCUGACUCUGAACACAAUAAGCUUAAAG